AUUACCAUUGUCCUUCAGUUAACCUCACUUAAAAAUGUCAUUACUGUAGAAGACUUUUACUGAACAGUAUAAUUCAGUUUUUAUAAUAUUUUAAGUUGAAUGUAAAUAUGGUUGAUAGCAGUGCAAGUGUUAUCGAUCCAGUAAGCAGUGAAGACGACGAAACCAGUGCAAUAACACAUCACAGAUCGUGCAAGCAGAAUCAUAUCACAAUGUGGACAGAGGAUCGAAUGAGGAGAAAGCUGCAGUUCUUCUUCAUGAAUCCAAUUGAGAAGUGGCAGGCGAAACGCAGAUUUCCAUACAAAUUUAUAGUACAAAUUAUAAAAAUUAUUCUAGUCACCAUGCAAUUGUGUUUGUUCGCAUUCAGCAGAUACAACCAUGUCAAUUACACUUGGGAUAAUCGAAUUACAUUUUCACAUUUGUUUCUCAAUGGUUGGGAUGCUUCAAUGGAAGUGAACUCAUAUCCACCUCCAGCUGGACCUUUAGCAGUUUACACUAAAGAUGGAUUCUUUGAAACUAUUGAUUAUGCAUUUAGUGGAUAUGCUAAUAUUAGUGGAGCAAUUGGUCCAUACUCUUAUACGAAUUCCAACAACACAAUGGGGCCAAUGAAACUGUGUCUAUAUCAGUACAAAGAAGGUAUUAUAUAUGGGUUUAAUGAAUCAUACAUAUUCAAUCCUGAGAUAAUAGAAACUUGCUACAACAUAUCAACAAAUGAGACAGAUAGCUUCAGUUCUCAGGACUAUUUACUAGAAUAUUAUGAUCUUGAGAUUAACUUUGCUGCCUUGGUUAAGGCAAGUUUGACUUUUUCAUUGAAAACCAUCAGUUUUAAAUCUGCUGGCAGAUUGACGCCCCCAAAUUGCUAUAAAUUUGAUAUAAUCAUUAAUUUUAUAAAUGAAGAUCAUGAUGGUCAGAUGAUGCUGGACUUGGAUGCUGAACCAAAUAGAUUAACAUGCAAUGGAAAUGUAGAAUACAUAACAGACAACAGGAUUGAUGCCCUUCUCAGAAGCUUAUUGAAUUACUUUGUCAUUGUGAUAUGUAUAAUGUCAUUCAUUUUAUGCACCAGGGCCAUUGUCAGAGCACAACAAUUGAAAGUUAUUGCAAACAAUUUUUUUAUCACUCAUUUUGAGAAGCCUUUGAAUAGAGAUGAUAAAAUGGAAUUUUUGAAUAUGUGGUACAUUAUGAUUCUGGUUAAUGAUAUAUUCAUUAUGAUUGGAUCGUCUAUUAAGGAGAGGAUUGAGAGUUCAGAAUACACAAGUGACCAAUGGAACGUUUGCAGCAUCUUUUUGGGUACUGGUAACAUGCUUGUAUGGUUUGGAGUUUUAAGGUACCUCGGAUUUUUUAAGACAUACAACGUAGUUAUUUUGACACUUAAGAAGGCGACGCCGCAGAUCUUCAGAUUCCUGUUAUGCGCUCUGUUGAUAUACGGUGGAUUCACGUUCUGCGGUUGGCUCAUUUUGGGACCAUACCAUUUAAAAUUCAAGUCUCUCUCAACCACUUCGGAAUGUCUGUUCUCUUUGGUCAACGGUGAUGAUAUGUUUGCCACAUUUUCAAUCAUGUCCAACAAGUCCACGAUGCUCUGGUGGUUCAGUCGCAUUUACCUGUAUUCAUUCAUAAGUCUAUACAUUUACGUAAUUUUAAACCUCUUCAUUACUGUUAUUAACGAUGCUUAUGAAACUAUUAAGCUAUAUUAUACGGAGGGCUUUCCUAAAAGCGACUUGCACAGCUUCAUUGGAAAGACUAAUAUCGAAGAGGUGUCCAGCGGAUUAUACAGAUCUAAUUCCGAUAGCAGCCUUGGAAGAUUCAUGAAGGACUUGUGCUGCUGUAAACAAAUGCAGAAGUCAUAUUCGUCAUUGAGCGAAUCGAGGAUCGCGUGAAGCCGAGUGGUUUAAAGAAAUUUUAGCCUUUUGCUCUUCGCUGAAUUGAUAAGAUUUGAUGGAAUUCAAAGUGCAAAAGGUUAAGUUUGAAAAUAAUUCUAUAUUUAUAUUAAAUACUUUAACGCCAAUUAUAUUUUUUUAUCCAAGAUUUGUAAUACCAAAUUCAGAAGAUUUGUAUUAUUAUUUUUGUAGACUAAUUAUAAAUACGAUUAUUA